AUUAUUAUAUAUAUAUAUAUUUUCCUUUUUUUUUGGGACGUGGCAAGAGAAGCAAGAGAGAAGGUUUUAUUUUUUUUUUGGUGGUGGGGGGAGAGUAAACAUUUUGAAGGCAGAGAAGAAAUAAGGAAAAGGAGAGAGAGAGAGAGAGAGAGGAAAAAAAAAACAAUCCAUCGAAGACUCUGGAUAAAUUUCUUGUGGCAGUCGAUUUCUGAUGAGGAUUUAAAAAAAAAACUUAUUUUACUGUUUUAAAAUCUACACCAGCAACGACGACGACGACGACUACCAAAAAAAAAAGAAUUCGAGAAAGAGCUUUUUUCGGACAGGCGAAAAUCCCAAGUUCGUCAAAUUAUAAUUUUUAAACACACACAACACACAAAAAAAAAACUCAACAAAAAAAAACCCAACCGUUUACCCCGAUGACAGUUGAGGUCAUGAACACAAAAACUCCGCUCUUCUAGGAUUUAAAAGAAUGUCAUCAGAGGACAAAAGUGUGGAGCCUUCUGACCUAGGACCGCCACCUCUUUCUGCCGUCCUUGCGGCUGCCCCUGUUGGUAGCCCUGUAAGUAAUGACAAACGACCACGGGGCCGACCUCGCAAAGAUGGCACAACUCCUCUACAGAAGAAAAAGAAGUCUCGGAGCAGAGGGAAGACGGUUAUUGAAGAUGACGACAGUAUGGAUGGGUUGGAGGCAACAGAAAAUGCAAUGGAAACAGAAGUUAAAGAUGACUCACUGGAGGAGGAUACCCUUACAGAAAUGGAGACCAAUGAACAAUCAUCUCUCCUGCAGCGUUCAAUAUCUGAGGACUCUGCCAGCUCCAUAACCUCAAUCAACCUUGAUACAAAAACCAGCAAUGAACAGCUCUGUGCCUUGUGCUAUUGUGGUGAGCGCAGCUCGCUGGGGCAGGGUGAGUUGAAAAGGUUCAACCCAACUCCAGAUUUUACUGUGCUAAAAAAGAGUCCAUCUCAAGCAAAGCAAGACAGUACUGAUAGUCCAGAGGAUGGUAAUGACAACAACCACAAACAGUGUUCCACUUCACGAAGGCGACAGCAAAAGUCUCCUUGCCACACCGCAGCGCCUCCGUCUACGUGUAUUAAUGUUACAGUGGCCUCUGAAGAACAGACAAGCAGAUAUUGGGAUGAGCUCAGUCAAGUUGGCCUUCCUGAUGAUAUUGAUGUCCAGGCCUUAUUUGAACCUUCAGGUCACUGUUGGGUUCACCAUUGUUGUGCAGAAUGGUCUUCUGGAGUGUGCCAGGCAAAUGGACCAGUACUGGUGAAUGUGGACAAAGCAGUCCUCUCAGGGAUUACAGAGCAUUGUGCAUACUGUAAGCACCUUGGAGCCACCAUCAAAUGCUCAGAAGUGAAAUGCAAUCAGCUGUACCACUAUCCAUGUGCAGCUGGAGCUGGUACAUUUCAGGAUAUCAAGACACUCACUCUCCUCUGUCCAGAACACAUCGACCAGGCUCCGGAACGAUCUAAAGAAGAAGCAAAUUGUGCUGUUUGUGACAGCCCUGGAGAACUUUUAGACCAACUUUUCUGCACUAGUUGUGGACAGCAUUACCAUGGAGCAUGCCUAGACAUAGUUGUGACCCCUUUGAAACGGGCUGGUUGGCAGUGCCCAGAAUGCAAAAUCUGCCAGACCUGCAGGCAUCCAGGCGAUGACAGCAAAAUGUUGGUUUGUGACAUCUGUGACAAAGGCUAUCACACAUUUUGCCUCCAACCAGCAAUGGAGUCAAUACCUACAAAUGGCUGGAGGUGUAAAAAUUGCAGGGUGUGUGUUGACUGUGGCGCACGGACCAGCACUCAUUGGCAUCACAAUUGUUCACUUUGUGCUACCUGUUACCAGCAACAAGACCACAGCCUGCCUUGUCCACUCUGUGACAAGACCUGCUACCAAGACUCCCAGAAGGAUAUGCUGCAUUGUCAGAUGUGCAAGAGAUGGAUUCACAUAGAAUGUGACAGAUCUUUGGAAAACACUGAGGACAUUUCGCUAAAGGAAUGCUAUAUCUGUACAUUGUGUAAAGAAACGGAGGCUGCAAUGGAAAAUAUUCAAUCUUGUGAUAACAGUAAGACUGUUGGCUCGGUUCAAGAAACUGCUAUAGGUGUUACUGAAAUCAAUGGGACUAUUAAGGAAAAAUUACCUCAAGGAGAAAGUGUUCACCAGCCAGACUAUGGUAUUAACCAUGUGGGAGAUCAGACUGUUGUGGCUAAUGGAAAUGAUUUGGCAGCAGUCCAUACAACUGAACUUGUAGAGCCUGAUUUUGCCAAGGAGGCUCUUGUCUCUGAAAAAGUACUUGAGCAGCUUGAUUGUCCAACAGCAGUGACAGAGAUUCAAGAGAUGGAGGUGAAUGAAAACAAACCUGAAACACUACUGCAACCUCAACUGGAUGAGGAGACGCAAAAUUUCAAAGAUCUUGUUGCAGGAUCAGUGCUAGUAAAAGAAGAGCUUCAGUUAUGUGAGAACAAGACAGAACUAAUGGAGGUUUCUGUUCCAGAAGUGUCAAAUAAUGAGCUCAUACAAGCCACCACACUGAUUAAGGAGCUUCCAGAAAUUCUAUUACGAGAUAAAGUGGCACAGAAGAGUGAAGAAAACAUUUCUCAAGCUUGUCUCGAUAGCAGUGUUUCUGAAGCUGCAAAAGCUCCCAGUGAAAGUGCAUCGGAGAUGAGUUCAACUGUUGAAAAUAAAACUGUCAAAAUGUUUGCAGAAACUGGCAAUAACUACACACAGAGCAACAAGACCUCAGUUUCUUCCUCAUUUGUGACAGUUUCAGUUGGGGUUUCUCCUGUAACGAAUGUGUCUUGUGCUUCGGCUGCAGGCACUUUCUCAGGAAUUCCUGCAUCAACUUUCGUACCAAUGGUUCCAAAAAUAGGUAUGGGAAAACCAGCUAUUACCAAAAGGAAGUUCUCUCCAGGAAGACCUAGAAUGAGACAGGGCAUGUGGGCGACAAAUACCAUGAGUUCCCCUACCUGGUCUACAGACAGUUAUGAAUUUCGGGAGAGUAUGGUAAAAACAAAGCAACCUCAGAGCACCAUUUGGAACAUCAAAGUGGGUCGUGGUGCUGGUUUUCCUGGGAAGAAGAGGCCACGUGGUACAGGACACCCUGGUCGAGGAGUUAGAGGCAGGUCGAAACUGAAAAAUGGCAUUGGCGCUACUAUAACACCAGGAGCUGGUGCCAUGGAAAUGAUGGUUAAUAAGGAUGAGGAUGAAAACUCAAUGCACAACACCGUUGUUUUGUUCUCUACAAGUGACAAAUUUACUUUAAAACAGGAUAUGUGUGUUGUUUGUGGAAGCUUUGGGAAAGGUUCAGAGGGACGGCUGCUUGUUUGCUCUCAAUGUGGCCAGUGUUAUCAUCCCUACUGUGUCAGUAUUAAGAUCACCAAAGUGGUGCUGAGUAAAGGCUGGCGAUGUCUAGAAUGUACAGUGUGUGAGUCCUGUGGGAAAGCCUCUGAUCCAGGUCGUUUGCUUCUCUGUGAUGAUUGUGACAUCAGCUAUCAUACCUAUUGCUUGGAUCCGCCUUUACAGACAGUCCCUAAAGGUGGCUGGAAAUGUCGAUGGUGUGUUUCUUGCAUGCAGUGUGGGGCAACCUCACCUGGUUUCAAGUGUGAAUGGCAGAACAAUUAUACACAGUGUGCUCCUUGUGCCAGCUUGGCUGUUUGCCCAGUCUGCAAUAAGAACUACAGGGAGGAGGAGCUUAUUAUACAAUGCCGGCAGUGUGACAGAUGGAUUCAUGCUAUUUGCCAGAACCUGAACACAGAAGAUGAAGUAGAGACUGCAGCUGAUAAUGGCUAUGACUGUUUCACAUGUAGGCAAUAUGCAAUGGCAACACCAGUGACUACCUCAGAAGGGACUGAGUUAUCUUUGGUAACACCUCAAUUUAUUGUAAAGACGAAAGAACCAGAACCGACACGGACAUAUACACAGGAUGGUGUCUGCCUUACUGAGAUGGGUAUGUCGCAGCUCCAAAGCCUCAGUAUUGCUCCACCACGCCGGAAGCGACCCAAGCCAAAGUUAAAGCUGAAGAUCAUAAAUCAGAACAGUGUGGCUGUCUUGCAAACUCCACCUGAUCCUCAGUCUGAACAGUCCAGAGACAUGGAUGGAGAUAUGGAUGAAAGCAGAGCAGCUGACCUAAUGGACUGUGAUGCAAAGUCUGAUACACUUACCAGUCCAGAGCGGGAAGCAGCAGAUGAUGACUGUAAAGGAGCUGAGGGGACAGACAACCUAAAGAAGAGAAAAAGGAAACCAUACAGACCUGGAAUUGGAGGGUUUAUGGUGCGUCAGAGGAGUCGGACAGGACAGAAUAAGACAAAACGUUCGCUGUCCAGAAAGAACUCUACUGGCUCAGUCUCUGAAAUGAUGGCUGGGAAGGAGGACGGUUGGGUGGACCAACUACCAGAGGUACCUGGCGAUGAGGUAGCUGCUGCCCCUGAGAUUGUGGAGAAAAUGAAAAAACGAUACAGGAAGAAAAAGAACAAAUUGGAAGAGAUUUUUCCAGCAUACCUACAGGAAGCUUUCUUUGGAAAACACCUGCUGCUUGCAAGUCAACAGAGCAAGCUUAGUCUGGAUGCUCUGUCUGAUGAAGAAUCAUCUCAGCUACCAAACAGAGUACCAAAUGCAAAUGUAAAUUUCUUGGAUCCUUCCUCUGAUCCGCUGCUGAGUUCAGCUACAACUCAGGUGGCUACAAAACAACAGGGUGGGCAAGGUAACGGAGAUGACCCACUAGCUGAUCUCUCAGAAGUCCUUACCACAGAAGACGAUAUCCUUGGAAUACUUUCUGAUGAACUGGGAAAAACAGGAGAUGAGUCAGGUCUUGAUUUAUGCACUUUCCAGGUCGAGAAUUCACCUUCUCCAUUUGCUGGACUGGAUAUUGGGCCCAUUUCAGAGGAUCCAUCUACAGUUUCCCAGUCAAGUGGAGGCCAAGGUUCCCGACCUUUGACCGAGGAGCAACUAGACCGAAUACUUAGCCCUGAUCUUGAGAAAAUUGUCUCCGAUGGUACAAUUCUAAGUAAGCUGUACAAAAUUCCAGAACUGGAGGGAAAGGAAGUGGAAGAUCUAUUCACAGCCGUAUUAAGUCCUUCAGCUAACCAGGCACCUCCGCCUCCACGGCCUUUACCUCCUUUGCCUCCACCGCCUCCACCUGACCAUGGAGAUGGUGCAUUUACCAGGAUGCCAGCAAUGAAUGGAGUAGUUGGACCACAUCUACAGCAACAAACAUCUUUAGCACCUGGAGGUGGACGGUGCCUCACCAGCACUUAUUCUUCUAUCCCUCAGUCACCAUUCACCGAUAGCAGCAGAGACAAGAAUCAUACGUUUAGUCAAGUUGUUACAGAGCCUCCUAACCCGUGGGUUCCCUCUGCUCCUGCCGUGGAGGCGGAAGGCGACACACUAAACUACACACAGCGGAGUACUCUGAAAUGGGAAAAAGAAGAAGCUCUGGGAGAGAUGGCAACAGUCGCCCCUGUUCUAUACACAAACACGAACUUCCCCAACCUGAAAGAAGAUUUUCCAGAUUGGGCUACCAGAGCGAAACAAAUAGCUAAACUGUGGAGGAAAGCAAGUUCCCAAGAGAGGGCCCCUUAUGUGCAAAAAGCAAGAGACAAUCGUGCAGCGCUCCGUAUAAACAAGGUUCAAAUGACCAGUGAGUCUCUGAGAAGGCAACAGCAAGAAUGCAUCGAUUCUGUGUCUCGCCCUGACAUUGAUUUGCCAUUUAAGGAUCAAAUGAAGCAAAAGGAAUCGGAACAUGAACAGGAAUGGAAGCUUAGACAGCAAAUGCGCCAGAAGAGUAAGCAGCAAGCCAAGAUCGAAGCUACACAAAAACUAGAACAGGUGAAGCAUGAGCAGCAGCAACAGCAACAACAGUUUGGGUCCCAGCAAUCUACAGGGGAGGAUUCCAACAGCCCUAAAGCAGGUGAACAGGACAGUGGACACUUGUCUCCUCUACACUUGCCCAAAGAAGGGUUUACAAGGCCUCGGGUUCCUGGCACUUCUGUAUCAACGCCAUCAGAUGAUGUCUUUCUAAGACCUCAGGCUCCUCCUCCAACCCCAACCAGGAUACCAUUACAGGAUCCAUUCGCACAAUCCCAGACUUCACAGCCACAGUCACCACAGUUUUCCCCAGCUGCUAAUGCAUCAAGACCAUCAUCUCCUUGGGAUCCAUAUGCUAAAAUGGUAGGAACACCAAGACCACCACCUGUUGUUAGAAGAAAUUCAGUGUCUUCUUUAGAUUCUUGUGCUGUUCCUCAAGGUGUAACCAGACCAUCCCCAGCUACUGAACAGAUCGAGAGAAACAGGCCUUCAUUGGCUGAUGAGUCUUUUGGGGCACCAUCAUCAGUUGGUAAUGAUCCUUAUGCAAAGGCACCUGAUACUCCUAGACCCUCCAUGACAAUAUCAACAGAUCAUUUUUCAAAACCAUUAGGAUUGCCAAGGCCACCUAUGAAUCCUGAUCCAUCAGGGAAUAAUAUGUCAGUAAAUGCAAAUGAUCCCUUUGCUAAACCUGUACAUAGACCUGAUAUGUUUCCUAGACAUCAAGUAUCACAUAAUCGAAUGGGACCUCUUGAUCUAUAUUCAAGAUCACAACCUGUACCUGGUCCAACAGGUGUUGAAGGUGGAAGUGGACCCUUGUUUAAGACACCAAUGCCACCACUUCAGUCACCUCAAGAUCCUUAUGUAUCUAUGCCUUUAACCCCAAGACGUACUCCUGUUGAUCCUUAUGAAAGAACUGUGUUGACCUCCAGACCUAUGGAUAACUUUCCGCAAAGCCCAGUACAGUCUCAGUCCCAGACAAUUGAGCCUUAUGCACAGCAACCACAUACACCUCGUCCUGUGAAUGAGCCAUUUUCACACAGUCAGAGAAUUCCCCGGCAGACCCAGAGUGACAUGUUUGUUCAACAAGGGUCAAUGUCAAGAUGCUCUCCUCAGGAUCCUUAUUCACAGCCUCCUGGAACCCCUCGGCCUACGGCUGAUCCUUAUUCACAGCCGCCUGGAACCCCUCGGCCUACCACUGACCCUUAUUCACAGUCUCCUGCAACCCCUCGGCCUACCGCUGACCCUUAUUCACAGCCUCCUGGAACCCCUCGGCCUACGGCUGAUCCUUAUUCACAGCCUCCUGCAACCCCUCGGCCUACAGCUGAUCCUUAUGCGCAGCCCCCUGCAACCCCUCGGCCUACGGCUGAUCCUUAUUCGCAGCCUCCUGGAACCCCUCGGCCUACAGCUGAUCCUUAUUCACAGCCUCCUGGAACCCCUCGGCCUACAACUGAUCAAUAUGCACAGCAGCCACUUCCUCCAAGACCCUCUCCACAAGCAGAUCCAUAUUCCCAGCCACCUGGUACACCAAGGCCUUUAACUGUAAAUCGUUUUGUGCAAUCAGCAGUUAAUCAGAGAUAUUCAGAUCCUUAUGCACAACCUCCUGUAACCCCAAGGCCAGUUGUUUCUGAUCCCUUUGCACAACCUCCUCACUCUCCAAGGCCAGUUAUUUCAGACCGGCAAACAUUGACGAGACCAGGUUUGUUGGCAAAUCAGGAUCUAUUCGUGCCACCACCUCACAGUAGAGUUCCAAAUUUAAAAGAUACAUUUGUACGACCAGCUGAUGUGCGUUGUCGAGCACCUCAGGGUCCCAGACAAGCUGGAAUGCCAGAUGAAGCUUUUUCACCCCAUGCAUCAGCAGUGAGGCCAUCUGCAGACACAUUUGGACGCAUGGUACAUGACCCAUACGAUCAACCACCAAGGACCCCAAGACCUCAAACUAAUGACACAUUUGCGCCGGGAAGACUUAAUCAUGAUAUUAAUGACCAACAAGGACCUGCAUCAGAUUCCACAAAUUUCAGCAGCUCCACAGGAUCGCCCAUGAAUUCCCAGGUGCAGCAGUUUCAUGCUGUACCUCAAACACUAGACCAAGGUCAAUCUGUGUUGACAUCUGAAGCACAGAAUAACGUAAGCACAGGUCAAAUGGACACGGAAGAAAAGCAAAGACAGAGGCUGAGAUUACGAGAACUGAUUCUUCGACAGCAGCAGCAGAAAAAUGCAGUCCGUCAGGAAAAAGGCCUGCAAGAGCAAGCAAUGACAUCUGCAGCGACACCACUUAGGCACUGGCCACAGGAGGAUUUAAAACGUCAAAAUGAACUAUUUGGCAGACCACCUCCCCCCUACCCUGGUAUCGUGAGACUCCCUCGUGUUCCUCAAGCUGGCCAAAGAUUUUCAGGCCUUUUCUCAAAUGAACCGCGUGGUCGUUUUAUAACUGACGGUCAAUUUAACAGACCACAGUUUUCUGGAGAUGUUGCAAGAAUGGUUAUGAGACCCCAAGGUCCAAGGAACUCUUUUGCAGGAACUGGGCAGAGACCGUUUGCAAAUCAGGAACUCUUCCUUGGACAACGUCAGAUGCAGGCACAUGUUCCAGGCCUUCCACAGCAGCUAAGGAGAUCACUGUCAGUGGACUUUACCAGGUCUUUAAAUAACCCACAGAUGAACAAUGGAGUAAUUAUCCCUCAACAUUUUCCUCCUCGGGGUAUGCAAAUGCAGCAGCACAAUAUUUUGGGUCAGCCAUUCAUCGAACUACGGCAUAGGGUACCAGAAAAUAGGCCACGGCUUCCUUUUGCAUCAUUGGUGCCUUCUACAAGUGGUUUAGAUCCAGUUAGCCAGCAACAAAGACCUGGAGGGAUCACUGUGCCAGUGCAGGGUGCUUUCUCUCCAAGUCAAGGACCAAAGCCAUUGGACUCUGUGUCAAAUCAACAGCAAGGCAUGCGUAACCAAAUGGAAAAUUGUAAUAAUUUAGAUCAACUUAAUGAACACCAGAUGCAUAUAAAUCAUCCAGCCAUGCCCCUUUCCCGUUCUUUGAGCAACCCACAUGCUGGUGAUACUUUUUCAUCAACAGUCUCCUUGUCUGCCCGUGCAUCCACACAAGGAGAUGGUAUGGUAGAAAAACUUGAUUCUGAUGAGCCUUCAGUGAAAGAUCUUGAUGUUAAGGACCUUGAUGGAGUGAGAGACCUAGAAGUUAAAGACUUGGAUGAUGAAGAUUUGGAAAACUUAAAUUUGGAUCAAGUAGAUGGGAAAGGUGAUCCUGAUUUAGAUAAUUUAGACAACAUAGAAACAAAUGACCCACAUUUGGAUGAUCUCUUAAAAUCAGGGGAGUUUGACCUGAUUGCUUAUACUGACCCUGAGCUUGAUCUGGGUGACAAAAAGGACAUGUUUAAUGAAGAAUUGGAACUAAAUGAUCCGAUAGAUGAUAAAUUGGAUGAACAAAGUAAGACUGAAGAAGAAACAAAAUGUGAUCAGGUAGCCAAAGCGGGAGAACCAUCUGAUCAUUGCCCUGAGAAAGAAGAAAAACCAAGCGAAGGAUCCAUUGAAAGAAGUCCUAAAGAUUCAAAGAAUUCUGUAAAAUCUGAAACUGGUACCAAUGAUGGUAAUCACGAUGCUCCUUACAGUGCGGGUACAGCUGAGACUGAGACAAUAGAUACAGUAACAGAUAGUGCACCCACUUCUAACUCUUGCAUUGGCGGAGAACUGGAAAUGCCAAAGGAAGAGGAAAGAGUCGACUGUAACCAAGAAAUUAAGGGGGCUAGCCCAGGUUUCAGCGAUUCUCAAUCUUCGACCCAAACAUCUAUUUCCAUUGGAAGCAAUUCAUGCAAUCUAACUGGUUCUACACCAGUCCUUUCAAGUUUGUUAACUGAGAAGACAACCAAUUCUGGACUUGCAUCUUUGGGUUCACCAACCCAGAUUUUGCCAUCACCUCAAUCACAUCCAAAUAUAGGUAUCUCCCAAUCUCCUAAUACUGCUAUUUCCCCAGGGCAAAUGCCCGAGAAUGCAAUAAAUCAAAAUUUGCAGAUAGGGCAAAGGUUAAAUCGUAGCUUUUCACAAGGCCCUUCAGCAAAUCAGACCUUUUUCCAAGUGCAGCCACCUAACCAAAAUUACACAGCAGGGCAACAACCAAGUCAAAAUGUGAUUAUCACAAAUCAACCAGGUCCUAGUAAUCUGUCCAACACACAACAAAUUAUGCUUCCUCAGACAAUGGGUCUUCAGGCUCAGCGAGAGCGACCCCUCCUUUUGGAAGAGCAACCCCUCCUUUUACAAGACCUUUUGGAACAAGAAAGACAGGAGCAGCAACAACAACGACAAAUGCAGGCUAUGAUACGUCAUCGGUCCACUGAUUCAUUCUUCCCCAAUAUUGAUUUUGAUGCAAUUACCGAUCCGAUAAUGAAAGCAAAAAUGGUGGCCUUGAAGGGAAUCAAUAGAGUUAUGGCCCAAAGUAAUUUAGGCAUGCCGCCGAUAGUAAUGAACAGAUUUCCAUUUGUGGGUCAGCCAAUGUCUAGUACACAGAGUGGUGAUAGUGGACAGAAUCCCAUUCAUCAAGGAGUUAGCCCAGAUGGGAAUUUGCCACCUCAGAUGUCACGACCAAAUCCUCCAUCAUUUGGUCCAGGUUUUAUGAAUGAUGCACAAAAGAAACAGUAUGAAGAGUGGCUCCAGGAAACCCAGCAGCUCCUCCAAAUGCAGCAGAAGUAUCUUGAGGAACAGAUUGGGGCACACCGAAAAUCUAAGAAGGCACUCUCUGCUAAACAGCGUACUGCUAAAAAGGCUGGACGAGAGUUUCCAGAGGAAGAUGCGGAGCAGCUUAAGCAUGUAACUGAGCAGCAGAGUAUGGUGCAGAAGCAGUUGGAACAGAUUCGAAAACAGCAAAAAGAACAUUCAGAACUUAUGGAGGAAUAUCGUAUCAAACAACAGCAGCAGUGUCCAAUGGCAUCAUCUACCAUGAUGCCUACUGGAUCAGCCCAGCCUCCCUCAGUCCAAGGCGGGGCACCAUCCUCAGUAACUCAACAGAGUUUCUCAGUGAUGCCAAAACAACAGCCCCAACAACAAAUUCAGAUGCCUGUUCCAGCACAGCCAAGUGCUACCAGAAUGGCAAAUGCUCCUCAGUGGCAAUCUUGCAAUCCUAAUGCAGCUGUGCCUACCCACAUUCCCAUGGGUACCCCAAGGAUGCAACACCCUGCGCCGCCUCAGUUGCCAAUGACGAGCACUCCAUCUACUGAAGCGACAACAGUCACAGCAAAUCAACAGUCCAAUGUGCCACCGCGAGUUGAAUUUGAUGACAACAACCCAUUCAGUGAAAGUUUUCAGGAGAGGGAACGGAGGGAGCGUUUAAGAGAACAACAGGAAAGACAAAGAAUCCAGCUCAUGAAGGAAGUGGAACGCCACCGUGCCAUGCAGAAGCGAAUGGAAAUGGAGCAGCAGCAAGGCAUGGCAGAUUUAAACACGCCCACCCUGUCUCAAAUGCCGUAUUUUACUUCUGACUUACCAUGUGAUUUCAUGCAGUCUCAAAGGCCUCAGCAGGUGCAGCAGAUGGGACUUGUUCCUCCACAACAACAGAAUCUACUUCCACAAUUCAUGAAUUCACCAUCUCAAACAUCUUUCAUGCAGUGCAAUGACCGUCGGCCUGUGGGGGCACCUUUUGGGCCUGAGGGUCAUGCUAUCCCGGGUGGUUGUCCACCUAUCCAUCCUAUGAAUCAGGUACCUUCUGGACUUGGCUUUCCUCAAAACCAACCAAGGCCUCCCUUUGAACCAUGUAUGCCUGCCGGGUCACAAGGGAAUAAUGAAGGAGCUCAAUUUGCCCCAGAUAGUGGAAUGCAACUACCCGGCAAUUACCCAGGUCCAGGUCAAUCACUCAUUCAACUUUAUUCCAAUAUUAUACCAGAGGAAAAGGGGAAGAAGAGGAGAAAUAGAAAGAAGAAGAAAGAUGAUGACAGUGACUCUGUCAAGACGCCAUCUACUCCACAUUCUGAUAUCACUGCACCAACUACACCCAGUGUUUCUGACCCUGCUGCUAAUCCACCUGGUAAUAUAUCUGGGGACUUUGUGUUUAAUCAAGGUGAACAUGAAAGUGAAGAGAUUAACCAAUUGGUUAAUAAUUCAAAUGAGCACCAACCUCCAUCUGAACUUGAACGGCAACUUUCUUCCAGUGUCAGUGCACCACACAGACUUAUGGUACAACAGGCUGGCCUGCCCUCUGAAACAGAUCACAGUCUAUCAAAUGAAGGUGCUAGGACUAACACAGUGAAAGUGGAACAGACAGAAAGCACACACUGCCACGAUAAUUCUCAGCCUAAGGUGGAAACUCAGAAUUCAGUAAAGGUAGAAGGAAAGGUCAGUUUGCAACAGCCUGCUGUUUCAACACACAAUCCAACUGCAGGAGCAAAUGUGUCAGGAUCAAAGCAAGAAUCGGGAAAUGAGCUUCUGAAACAUCUACUGAAGAAUAAAAAUCCCCCGUUGCCUCCACACCAAAGAGCUGAAGAAAAAUCUGAGGAUGAGUCCUGUAUUGAAAGUAACUUAGUAAAGAAACCAAGUCCAUUUGAGGGGCAGAGUCCACCAGGUGGAUUUAACUUUGAUGCAAAGGUCAGUCAGCUGCAGAAAAAGGAUUCAGAGGAAGAAAAGAAACGGCCAAGAAACAAAAGAUCACAGAAAACAGCUGAGAAGACUGUGUCACGCUAUAAGAAACGGAAAAAAGAUGAGGAGGACAGACAUGCAAUCUACCCCAACACCGACAUGCUAAUGAACCAGCUGAAGCAGCAACUGACUCUUCUUCCACUGCUGGAACCAACAAUCAGUGUGAACUUUGCAUACUUCCCUCCCUAUGGUAGUGGACAGCUGAAUGGUGAUAAUCUACUAACAGGAUCUUUUGGCAGCGCUGUUCUUGACAGUGUUCCAGAUUACUACUCUCAGUUGAUUUACAAGCAGAGCAAUCUUAGCAAUCCUCCUACCCCGCCGGCUUCCUUGCCUCCUACACCACCGCCUGUGGCUCGCCAGAAGCUGGUGAAUGGUUUUGCUACUACUGAGGAGAUCGCUGGAAAACCAGGAGUAAUUGGUCAUCAUGAUGUUAGCAAAGGUCUUGGACCAAAACAGUACCAGCUGCCUUUUAGACCUGAAGAUGAUCUGUUGGCAAGAGCUUUGGCCCAUGGACCAAAAACAGUGGAUGUUCCCGCUUCCCUCCCAACUCCACCCCACAACAACCAUGAGGAGCUGAGAGGCCAGGAGCAUUGUGGUGAUGAUGAACGGGACUCCCCAGACAGCUUUGUGGCAUCAUCAUCUCCUGAAAGUGUAGUGGGCAUGGAGGUCAGCAGAUAUCCUGAUCUCUCCCUGGUGAAAGAGGAGCCACCAGAUCCAGCUCCAUCCCCAGUCAUUCCCAUGCUUCCAAGUUCCACCGGCAAAGGUUCAGAAGCUCGACGGAGUGAGGUUAAGAUGGAGCCAACCUUUGGAAGUAUGGGUUCAACUAUGUUUUUUGGAAAUCAAUUUGCGCAAUCCCAAAAUGGGCCUAAAAUUGGUUUUGUGUCUGUAGCACUUACUCUGACUCCGACAGCUGCUGAGGAUAUUAAUGGUGUUGUAGCAAGAGUGGCUGACCUCCUGCGCAUUAAAGUUCCUAACAGUUAUGAGGUCAGCAGUGCACCUGAACCACCUUCGAUGCCUUUGAUUAAUGCUUACAAAUUCAACCAAGCCUUGGAAAGCAGACCUUCAUUAAUGGCUCAAGGCUCCCAUCCUGGUUUUGCUGGUCCCAUCAAGAUUAUGAGACCUGUUGGGCCUACAAGCUUACCAUAUAUGAUUCCUGCCAGUGGCACAGUGGCACUCAAAGCAGAUAAUCGAGCAGUCAUGAACAGCUCUACCAGCUCGAAACCUCAAUGGUGCCGUCAUUGUGAUGUUGUGGUGCUUGGUAAUGGUGUACGGAAGACAGUCACUGAUCUUCCAUAUAAUAAGCAGGAUUCAAGAGACGGAACAAGCAAAACAGAGGCUGAUAUUGUUUUUUGUAGCAAUAAUUGCUUUGUGCAGUAUGCAAUGGCCACACAAGCGAAAACUCCAGAGUCAAAGCAACAGGAAGUUGCAUCUGUAGUGGUAGAGCAGCCAGCCAAAGAUGUGACCAGAAACACAUUCCAUCACUACAACAACAACACCUCUUCUUUAGAUGUCCAUCGCCUUCCACGGAUUCAGGAGAAUGCUGUGUCUCCAACUACUCCUACUAUUUAUUUCCCUCCUGCCAACCUGCAGGUUCUCAAACAAGAGCCCAAGCCAGAAGAUCUCAAGGUGACAGUGAAGCUGAAGCCUAGGCCAAGGUCUCUGCAGGGGGACUUAGAUGAUAAUCGUCCAGCAGUUAAAAGGUGGAAAGGGAUGAAGUGGAAAAAGUGGAGAGUUCAAAUAGUCAUUCCUAAAGCGCAUUUGAAGUUAGCAUCAGAAGAGGAGAUAGACGAACUUCUGAAGAAACUUGGGACGUCGCUAAAGCCUGAACCGAUGCCGCGAGACUAUAGAAGAUGUUGUUUAUGUCACGAAGAAGGUGAUGGAACAACCAAUGGAGCAGCCAGGCUCCUGAACCUUGAUCUCGAUCUCUGGGUCCACUUGAACUGUGCCCUCUGGUCCACAGAAGUAUAUGAGACACAAGCUGGCGCCUUGAUUAAUGUGGAGAUGGCUUUGCGACGUGGCCUUUCUAUGAAAUGUGUUUUUUGUCAUAAAAUGGGAGCUACUGGUACGUGUCACCGGAUAAGGUGCACCAAUAUUUAUCACUUUACUUGUGCCAGUAAAGCCCAAUGUAUGUUUUUUAAGGACAAGACCAUGCUCUGCUCAAUACAUAAACCAAAGGGACCCCAUGAGCAGGAGUUGACAUACUUUGCUGUCUUUAGGAGGGUCUAUGUACAACGGGACGAAGUAAAACAAGUUGCCAGCAUUGUACAACGAGGAGAACGCAACCACACAUUUCGUGUUGGGGGACUAAUUUUCCAUGCCAUCGGACAACUUCUCCCACAGCAGAUGCAGUCUUUCCACAGCUCUAUAGCACUCUACCCGGUUGGUUAUGAAGCGAGCCGCUUUUACUGGAGCACACGUUACUCCAACAAACGCAGCCGAUAUCUCUGCUCCAUUGAAGAGAAAGAUAAUGUUCCAGAGUUUGUGGUCAGAGUUAUUGAACAAGGUCAUGAAGAUCUGGUCUUAACAGGAAGUUCUCCGAAAGGAGUGUGGCAAAAGCUUCUGGAACCUAUAGCUCGCCUCCGAAAAGAAGCUGAUAUGCUGAAACUCUUCCCUGACUACCUGAAGGGCGAUGACCUCUUUGGCUUGACUGUUUCUGCAGUCACAAGGAUAGCGGAAUCGCUACCUGGAGUAGAGAACUGUGAAAACUACACUUUCCGAUAUGGUCGCAAUCCACUGAUGGAGCUUCCACUUGCAAUAAAUCCUUCAGGCAGCGCCCGGUCUGAGCCCAAGAUGAGUACCCAUGUCAAGAGGUUUGUGUUAAGGCCGCACACCCUGAACAGUACCAGUACGUCCAAGUCAUUUCAGAGUACAGUUACGGGAGAACUAAAUGCACCUUAUAGCAAGCAAUUCGUCCAUUCCAAAUCCUCUCAGUAUCGCAAAAUGAAGACCGAAUGGAAGAUUAACGUGUACCUGGCCCGUUCUCGGAUUCAGGGUCUUGGUUUGUAUGCUGCCCGCGACAUUGAGAAACAUACCAUGGUCAUCGAAUACAUUGGAACAAUCAUCCGUAACGAAGUGGCUAACAGACGAGAGAAACUUUAUGAAUCACAGAACCGUGGAGUGUACAUGUUUCGCAUUGACAGUGAUCAUGUUAUUGAUGCAACAUUGACGGGAGGUCCUGCAAGAUAUAUUAAUCAUUCCUGUGCACCAAAUUGUGUGGCUGAGGUGGUGACAUUUGAGAAAGGACACAAAAUAAUCAUCAGCUCCAACCGAAGGAUCCAAAAAGGAGAGGAGCUGUCCUAUGACUACAAGUUUGAUUUUGAAGAUGAUCAGCACAAGAUCCCAUGUCACUGUGGAGCUGUAAACUGCCGCAAAUGGAUGAAUUAAGCGCAUUCCUUGCAAUAUUUCUGGGGUUGCUUUUCCCUGGGAAGAGAUGCUUACAGUUUUUUUUAAAUAAGCCUGGAGCUCACAAAUGAUUUUCCUCAUCUCCAGCAGCAGCACAGAGUUCCGUAACAAGCAUAAACUGAAGACUUGGCUGAGUCGCCAGUCACCCCAUCUGUUUGUUUAUAAUGCAGGUGGAUGCAGAUUACUAAAUGGUCUAGCACUGGAGUUACUGUCCUGUAUCGACUAAAAAUGAGAAAUGAUUUUUACUAGGAAAAGAACCAACAGCUGACCUGCUUUCAAGUAGGAUAGGCACUUAUGAAUGUAGGACUGAAUUCACCAGCUAGGGGAAGGAUCAACAGUGCUGGCCACAGCCUUAUUUGCAAGGGGCAGGCCCUCUAGUUUAAAAAAAAAUAAAUAAUUAAAAGUAGACACCACUGAACAAGGAAUGUACUGAGAUGACUUCCUUAGGGAUACAGCUAAGGGAAAUAACUUGCACUAAAAAAAACAUUUAAAAUACUUGAUUCCAUGAGUCAGUUUAUUGUAGUUUUUUGAUUUCUGUAUGAUAAAAGAGAAACAUUUUUGUAUUUAUUGGAUAAGUGAAUGAAGCUAUUUUUAAAAAUAAAAGUAGAAGAAAGCCUAAGCUGCUGCUGUUACCUGCAGAUAUAAAAAAAACCCUGUUACUUUGUACAAAAUGUAAAUAGAGUGUGGAAUAAACAGUAUAAAAAAAACAAACGACCAAAUGCUACCUGACACUGCAGCCGUUUGCUUUUAGUGGAGUCCCUCUGAGUCAGGUUACAUGGCAUAUAAUUUUAACCAACUGUGAAUUAGGUUCAAAACCACACCCAGGUAGUGGCAAGGAGCCCCAUUAGCAAACUUAGAUGUAAAGGUAGAAGAUUGCUGACACAUUACAUUCAGCAAAAUCAUGUAAGGGUUGUAGCCUCUCAAAGAUAGUUUUUAUUUUUAAGCAAAAUUAUGAGAUGUAAUUAUGCUAACACUGCAGGAUUUUUGACAAUAGGGUUUUGGAAUAAAUAAGAAAAUAGGCACAAAAAUAAUAUUUGUAUGGAUUGUCUUUGUUUACAUUUCUUUAAACAAACACUGUUUUGUGUUGGCUUGUAGAGGUUUAAAAUAUGCAUUUUGAACCAGGUUAGCUUUAUUUUGUACUUACAGAAAAGAAAUAACUGGUACUGACACUUCACAACUAUUAAGUUCAAAAUGAAGUUUGUGUGCACAUUAUCAGUAAAUUGUUAUCUUCAAUGAAACGGUCAUAAAAUUGUAAUGUAUAUGGCAUGUUGUAUUUUUUACCUUGCAAAAGAAAUCAAAUGUACAUAGUUCUUGAUAAAUAGCUGUAUGAAUUUGUUUCUUGGAUUUCUUUUCUUGUACAAUAAUAUUCCAACAUCCUACCAGUAUUUGUCCUACAGUUUUUUUUCUGUCCUGUACAAUAGUAUCUAAUGUUGGGAAAAAAGAAGCUUUUUUUUUGAAGUAUAAAGAGUGUUAUUGGGUUUUGGAGUUUGUGCAACCAGAUUAGAUCAGCAUUUACAAAUAAAAUAUUUUACAUCUAUGAA